AUGGCCUCCAACAACACAACACUCGCAUUCCCUGAGAGCUUGCGCGGGAAGAGGGUACUCUUGGCCACCGAAUCCUUUGGUCCUGUCAAUGGUGUGAGCCGAACAACUCUGAAUCUCGUCCAGUAUCUGAGAAGUCAGGGGGUGCGUGUGGCUGUCGUAGCCCCAGAGAUCAGUACUAACUCCAAUACAACUUCGGAUUCCUCGCCAACCGUUGACAACGACGAAAUCGAAGUCAGAGUUCAAGGAUAUCCGCUACCCUACAACCCGGAGUUAUCUGUGGUUUACCCUGUCCGACUGUCCCAAUUAUAUGCUCGCACAUUCAAUGGCCCUCCAGACCUCAUCUAUCUGGCCAGUCCAGCAAGUCUUGGCUUUCAGAUCCUGUUCCAGCUUCGCCAGCAACAAGAAUCUUCCAUCGUGCCGGUGCUUCUCAAUUUCCAGACUGAUUUGUCGGGCUAUUGCGAGAUCCUCUUCCCUUCCCCACUAGAUGCUUGGGCAGUAUGGGUAUUUCGAUCGGUCCAGGGAUAUCUAUUCCGCCACCCCUCGGUGCGAACGGUAUUUUACCCGUCCCAUUUUGUACAAAGAUAUCUCCAAAAGGCUGGAAUUCAAUCAGAGAAAAUGGUAAGUCUGCGACGUGGUGUAGAUGGCAAAAUGUUCCAUCCUUCAAAGCGAUCGAGAGAAAUGCGGAAGGAAUUGGCACCUGACGGCGAAUUGAUACUGGUGUCAGUUGCGCGGUUAGCACCCGAAAAGGGGUUCGAGUUCCUCUCUGAGGUGGUCAAACUGCUCGAUAAGAGAGGUUUCCCAUUCAAGCUCUUGAUUGUUGGAGGAAAUCGAAACCCGAAAGUAGAAGAAGAGGUGCGGAAUCAAUUCGGCUACUUGGCCGAUGAAGGGAGGGUCACGUUCACUGGGUUCCUCAAAGGGGAAAGCUUGGCCAAAGCAUAUGCAUGUGGAGACAUCUUCUUGCACUGCUCAAUCACCGAAACAUUUGGACUGGUCGUUCUAGAAUCAAUGGCUAGCGGGGUUCCGGUCAUUGCGAGGGAUGAGGGCGGACCAAGUGAAAUUGUCGCAGAUGGCACGUCCGGAUACUUGGUGCCCCCAUCAGAUCUGGAUGGAUUCGUUCAAAAAGUUGUAGAAUUAGGGGACGACGAGGAACUCAGAAAAAGAAUGAGUACCGCAGCAAGGAGGGUGGCUGAAGAAGCAACAUGGGAGAGCAUUGGAAACAAGGUUGCCUGGAAGCUAGCUGAAGCAUUGGAGGACCGCAUGGCAAUUCCCCAAACAACACCGACUUUCGCCAUUCCGAUCUACAGCUGGUUAUUGCUGAGCCCAGAAUUUAGAAGGUAUUUGACCCAAAUAGUUGUCAGGGCAAGACUUGUUGGCGGACUAGGUAUCAUCUUUGGGGUUUGGGCUGGGUUGAUUGUGACUUGGAUCUUGGUUCAAGUGACGCUGAUGGUAGGCGUGCGAGCACCUCGGAUGUAG